AUGAAGCUCAAUCUCUAACACUAGAAAAAUCAUUACGCUAAUUUGGGAAAAGCAGCUUACUGCUCAGUUGGAUUCUUGAUUCUUUUCAUAGCAUUAAAUCCCUCACAGAAUGUAUACACAUAAAUUAUGGCUAAGAACAAUCUUGAAUAAUUUGGCUUUUUUUGCUAUUCUUUGGAUUACUUCUCCUAUGGUAUAGGAUGCUUAGCUGCUUCAUAUAUUUUGGAUAAACUGGGUUCGAAAAUUAGUCUAUCAAUUUCGGCUACUGCCGAUGCCCUAUGGAUACUGGCAAUUCUUCCACCAGCAUAUUCCUCUGAAAUUAAACAUAAUGAUGAUAGCUUUUUCAUAAGUGAUGGUUUUAUAUACACGACAUAAAUAUUAAUUCAGGCAAUUCAAGGUUUUCUUCUUGGCCUUAAAUGGGUAGCUGGUAGUAAAUAUGUUUCAGAAUGUGCUUCAGAGGAAACUAAAGGUUUUUUUGCUAGUUUUUUUUGGGGUAUAUAUAUGAUAUCAAUGGUACUUGGCAGUUUGAUUGCAGCAUUCGUUUCGAUGCAUUUCAAAUAAUCUUCAUUUCUUUUAAUAAUGGCGGCUAUUGCUCUCUUUUCAGUACUAAUCUUUGCUACUUUAGUUAAACCCAUUCCUUAAGAGAGACAUUUAGUAGCAGAUAAUGAGAUUGAAGACAUUAAAGUAUUAUAGUCAUUAAGUAGUGAUAAUCUUAAAAACCUAGAAACAAACGAUGAUUUAUAAUCAAUACAUAAUUUUAAUGAAAAUGAUGAUGAUUUACCUAAAGGUUAAAAUCUCGAUAAUAGUUCAGACAUUUUUUAAACAUAAAAACUAAGAAAAAAUCCAAUAACAUUGAGAUAAGAGUUAUGCGAGAUAUUUAUCCUCAUAAAGUCUAAGAAAAUGAGGACUUUGAUACCAUUCUUAUUAUGGAUAGGAACUAGUUCUGCUGUUUAUACUGGAAUACUUGUGAUGAUAGUAAUUGAUACAUAAUCUAUUGGAGAUGACUAGUAUAAAUUUUCCUAGGCAAUGCUUACAAUGGUAUCAUUUGGAGCAGGCGAGAUUGUGGGAAGUAUAUCUACAGGCAUUAUGAUAGAUAAAUAUGGGAAUAAAAAGACUGCAAUGUUAAAUAUUUUCUUUGUUUUAAUUCAAAGUAUUCUUAUGGCAGUGUAUCUAAUAAACUAUUAAUUUUCAUGGUUUACUUAUGUCGUAACAUUUGCUUGGGGUUUAUAAGAUAGUUCAAGUAAUACAUUAUCUAUUGAAAUACUUGGGUUUGAAUUCAGUAAUAAUUCCUAAUCCUAUGCUGUAUCUAACCUUGGUACAGCUUUAGGUGGUUUAAUAUUUAACAUUAUCGAGGGAAAUGUUGAGGGAAGGGAAAGUUACUUAAUUUACACAUCUAUAGUUGGAUUAUUGGGAAUCAUUUGUAAUAUAACAACGCUAUUUUUCAAAUUUAAGCCCAUUUCCAAAGAUCUAAAAUAUGCUAAAAGGGAAAGCAAUUUUAAUUAGGAAGAUAAAUGA